UGAGGGCACCGCUGCACUAGAGAGAGCCAUGAGCGCACUGUCGCUACUCAGAGCCGCACUCCUAUUGAGCCUGGAUUAUAGAAUCAAUGAAUAAACUCAUUUCCACGCAUGGCAGUCAUUUAUUAACGCUGGAUUUAUACGACAAGUUGAAAAAGUUUUUCGGGAUUUUUUUUCUGCCGCUUUUUUCGUUCAUGCUUUUUUUUUUUUAACUGUAAAGUUGAUUAAAAAGGCAAUAAUGAGAUGGGUGGGGCAAUAUUAGAAAGUUUGUCAACGUUACUGGUUUUCUCGGGGUCUCUGAAGCUGUCGCCCAAUGUGGAACACGCCAGGUGUCAACCCGCAUCAUGGGGGGGCAAGAUUCCCAGCAAGGUAUGUGGCCCUGGCAGGUCAACAUUCGAAGCAAUGAUUUUAGUUUUUGUGGUGGAUCCCUCAUCACGAGUAAAUGGGUCAUCUCCGCAAGUCACUGCUUUAACAGGACAAAUCCACCUUCAUUCUACACUGUUUAUCUUGGGUCCUACCAGCUAACCGGGGCAAAUGGCAAUGAGAUUCCCAUGGCAAUCCAAAGAUUUAUAGUUCAUCCUAAUUACACUUCACCUGAGUAUGGGCAUGAUAUUACCCUUGUGGAACUUAGCAGUGAUGUAAAUUUCACAAACUACAUCCAACCAGUUUGUCUGCCGUCGGCUGGAGUGAAUUUUCCAACCGGCCUACAGUGCUGGGUGACUGGCUGGGGAAACAUCGCAAGUAAUGUCAGCCUUCGAGACCCCAAUACUCUUCAGCAAGUGGCAGUGCCUCUGAUUGGAAACCAGCAGUGUAACUCUAUACUUCAAGCUCCAUCACCUUUAGGCCCAAGUUCAUUUGCAAUUUUAAAUGACAUGUUAUGUGCCGGCUACAUCGACGGUGGAAAAGACUCCUGUCAGGGUGACUCUGGGGGACCUUUGGUUUGUGCUGCAGCCAAUCAAUGGUAUUUGGUUGGGGUAGUGAGUUUUGGAGAUGGCUGUGGGCAGCCCAACCGCCCCGGAGUCUAUGUCCGAGUGACUGCAUAUUUGGACUGGAUUGAGUCAUAUAUUCCUGAGGCUUCAGCCAAUGUUCUAAAUGCGUCCUUCACAGGCCCUUUUAUUUCUCUGUAUAAUAAUAAUAUAACUACCACAGCUGUACCAGCACCAAGUAAUACAACACAGACCUCAGGGGUAACCGGCAGCACCACUACUACUACUAUUUUUGUUCCUGAUGCAUCUACAACUGUUGUUGCCUCCACCUUCUUAUGUGCAUGGAUAACUCUCCUGUUAGCCUGUUUAUGAAGCUCUUGGUCAUGAUGGCUGCUCAUGGAUACAUGGUUACAACAAAUCCCUGUUGACUUGGGAACAAAUACAUUGAAUGGCAUUUUUUUUACUAAGGAAUGCCUAUUGUAAUUUACAGUUGAAUGCAGAGCAUUAAUAUUUUUCAAAAAUAUUCUCAGAAUUAUCAAACACCUUCUAAACCUAGUGAAUUUCACAUACUGUAUCAAACAGAUCCCAUUAGUACUGAUGAGCGAAUCUGUCCCAUUUCACUUCGCCAUAAAAUUGGCGAAACAAAUUUGUCGUGCAAUUUUUUUUUG